AAACGACACCUUUGUCGACGCUGUUGCAGAGGACCGCUUAGAGGGUACAUUCUGAUCUUUGCUUUUGCUAUUUUUAUAAGGACUGUAAGAAGAGUUUCCCCUCUGCAUUGUGUUUGGGAGGAUCUCUUGGUGCAGUUCAGCGUUUACUACGUGGUGGUCGUGGUUAGUUAUUGCUUUCAGGUUAGGGACGCAGGGAAUCUAUUGACCAGGGCGGGUUUUAGUCUUCCCGGUGUUGACGUUGACGACUAUGUGGUUAAAUACAAGAGUGCGCUGGAUCUUAUAGACCAUCUUCGUGCCAUGGGUGAAACCAACGCUCUUCUCCACCGAAACAAGAUCUUGAAUCGUGAAACUGCUCUUGCAACGGCAGCUAUAUAUGACUCCAUGUUCACCACAGAGGACGGCACCAUACCUGCUACUUUUCAGGUGAUUUACAUGACGGGAUGGAGGGAACACUCUUCUCACCCGCAGGCUAAGCGGAGAGGUUCAGCCACCGUAUCCUUCACAGAUAUCCAGAAGCAAUUUGGUGCUUACUUUUGAAGGGACGUUCAGAAAGAAAAAAACAGAGACUUUACAAAAGAGACUGCGAGAAUCAGUGACUACUACAAUGUACUUUUUGUAUCGAAUAAUACUGGAAUAUCAGACCAGACACAUGUUUGCUUAAUGUUCAUUAAAUCAAUAGGCAGCAAUUAGGCGA